AUGCCAUCUCUUGCGGCAACAUUCGCUCAAUGCACCCAGAAACGAUUCCAACUGUGCGGUGGUAAUAGCAACGCUGAUAUUAUUAACGAUAACAGUCGAACUCGAUCUGUCUCUGAAUCACAAGAGCAACAUGAGCCAUCAACAAAAUGUAAUCCGAUAUUCCGUGCUGUCAUUGAGAAUCAAACUAAAUUUCAGUGGAUAUACGCACAAUACCUUAAACUGAUGGCAUUAUUCAUAAUGGCCGUCUCGCAUAUGCUGUAUAUGAGUGCUUUCUUGAACACAUUCAGCGCUCUGAUGGAUUACGGUGAUAUUGUCGAUAUAAAGGCAACCCAAACGCAAUCCUAUCCGCUUCGACAUCAACUCGAUAUCCUCGCUGAUUAUCGAAAAAAUAUGUGGAUGACCGUCGGCAGUAUGUGUGUUGCACUGUCAACAUCGUGUUUCUUUCUACUGCUCAAGACAUCACCACAGAAAUGUGCUUAUAUCUCCACCGUGCGUGUGAUCGAUUUAAUAGCAUUCACCACACUACCAGCACUGUUGUUCGCCAGAUCGAUGUUAAUCGAAAACGUUGAAAUGCAUCUUCCGGUCGUGCUGGCACAACUGCAAAAGAUUCAACCGGCCACUCAUGUUGCCGCAUCACUCGAUUGUUCCUUUACGACCGUCACUGACGACGUACGUUGUUGUCGGCUCCGUUUAUUCUCAUUCUGA